AUGAACGGCUUCAAUAGGUGGAACGAAUGGCUUACUCUCCCGAUCGACUAUUCCACGCUCCCCUUGAACUCCUGUUUAGCCAUAACACUAUGGGACUCUUCGCCCGCCGGCGGAAAGCAAGCGGUAGGCCAUGCGAUACCAUUUGGAGGCACAACGCUGCCGUUGUUUGACCGAGACAACCAAGUACAGAAGGGACGACAGAAAUGCAUGGUACACCGACAUAAAAACGCCGACGGCAACGAUAACACAACCACUCCUGCUGUUCCUCGUAAGAAGAGGGUCGGUUUGAAGAAAGGAGAAAUUCCGCCGGUAGAUAAAGACGCCGAGGAGUUGGAGCGCAUGGAGAAGCUGUUCAAAAAGCACGAGAUGGGCGAAAUCCCGAGAGUUGAUUGGCUUGAUCAGCUUGUAUUUCGCGGUUUUGAAAAACGAGGGCUGCAAUCAGCAAAGGCAUCGCUCAAGACUAUGCAACGGCAACAGACGGCAAACGGCGAUGGAUCUAAUGAAAAGGCAGUUGCAGCGGAUGAGAAGGGCACUGUUGACACCGAAACUCACCCAGGGUUUUCCAAGUUCCAACUCAACGUUGAACUCCCACGUUUCGACUUCCCUGUCGUCUUUGCCGACUUGGAGUACCCCCCGCCGCCAAUUUCGGCCCUGCAGCACAUGUCUGCUUCGCAGUCCAACGUUAUGCUCAAGCCACCACCCGAAGUGCAGUUUGGCCCUGGCAUUAAUGCCUUUGGAGACUCAGGUCCUAACAGCCGGCUAAUGAGGGUUUACGAUCCUGAGGUCGGUGCUCGUGAUAACCCUGCUGAGAGCAAACACAGGAGACUCGUCAGAAGCCAACACCGUCACGGUAUUCUUGAUAAGGACCUUAAGCCGAACGCCAAGGUCCGAGACGAGCUGAACCUCAUCAUGUCUUACUCACCAACCCAUACAUUAACUCCCGAAGAGAAGGAUUUGAUCUGGAAAUUCCGCUACCAUCUUACUCGUGACAAACGGGCGGUCACAAAAUUUGUCAAGUCCGUUAACUGGCAGGACCACAGCGAAGCCAAACAGGCAGUGCAAGUUUUGGGGCGGUGGACCCAAAUCGAAGUCGACGAUGCUUUGGAAUUGCUCGGUCCCACGUUCGAUAAUCAAGCCGUUCGAGCCUAUGCUGUGGACAGACUACGCAAAGCAGAUGACCAUGAGUUGCUGCUCUACUUGUUGCAGUUGGUACAGGCUCUAAAAUACGAGCACAUUUCUGCGGAUUCAUCGCAGGAAGCCACUCAAGAUUCCUCCUUGGCCCAGUUUUUGAUAUCGCGGGCAGCGGAUAAUUUCCUUCUCGGAAACUAUUUCCACUGGUACUUGAUGGUCGAAUGCGACGAUCACAGCCCUGAGCAAGGGCUGGACAAUCGUAACAUCUACCGAAAAGUUGCUUACGACUUCAUGACAGAGCUGGUCAAGCGUCCUGAUGGCGUGGAAACGAGAAAGGUUCUACUAAGGCAAGCCGAGUUGAUUACGAAUUUGUCCAAGAUCUCUGGCGAAGUCAAGAUGUCGCACGAUUCUGUUGCGAAGAAAACAGACCACGCCAAGAACUGGUUGGCAGAUCCUAAAAAUGAGGUGCUCAACAUCGAUCCGCCUCUGCCACUGCCUCUUGAUCCUACCAUGAAGGUUGUGGGUGUCGUCCCAGAGGAGACAAUCGUUUUCAAGUCUUCAUUGUGUCCUAUCAAGGUCACAUUUAAGACGACUACUGGAAAGAAGUAUCCCAUUAUCUUCAAGACGGGCGACGACUUGCGGCAAGAUCAACUAGUCAUUCAGAUCAUCACGCUCAUGGACCAGUUGUUACAGAAAGAGAACUUGGACUUGAAGCUGUCACCAUACAAGAUUUUAGCAACAAGCACUACUGCUGGCGCAUCCCAAUUCGUGCCUUCCGUCAGCUUCCAGAGCAUUGCAUCAAAAUACAAAAAUAACCCAGCCCUAACCUACUUGAAAUCAAACAACCCAGACGACCGUCAGCCCCUCGGUUUACGCCAAGAGACACUAGAUACAUACGUCAAAUCCUGCGCCGGAUACUGUGUCAUCACUUAUAUUCUCGGUGUGGGUGACAGACACUUGGACAAUCUUCUUCUUGCGCCGGAUGGCCAUUUCUUCCAUGCAGACUUUGGUUUCAUCCUCGGUAGAGAUCCUAAGCCAUUCGCACCGGUGAUGAAACUGUCAAAAGAGAUGGUGGACUGCAUGGGUGGUGUGAACUCGGAACAGUUCAGGCAGUUCAAGCAAUACUGCUUUUUGGCCUAUACCGCACUGCGCAAGUCGUCUAACCUGAUUCUCAACUUAUUUAGCCUCAUGGUCGACGCAAAUAUUCCCGACAUUAGACUGGAGCCAGACAAGGCUGUGCUAAAAGUCAGAGAGAGGUUCCACUUGGAGCUUACCGAAGAAGAGUCGAUGCGCUAUUUUGACAGAGUGAUCGAGGACACUCUCGGCGCCAUUGCCCCCGUCGUGAUUGACAAAUUACACGAACUUGUACAGGCUUUCAGAAACUAG